GUCGAUUGUACACUGGCUACGCGGUUGUCGCUUGGGUGGACAGUGUAGUUACAGCAACAUAAAAGUGGAAUAAAAUGCCGCGUUUUGAUGUAAAUAGAAACGCCGCUUCAUUGUUUGUAGUUACCGCUUCUUAAUCAACACGGGUCCAUCCUUGGAGCAGGCGGAGGCAGGCCUAAUUUCGCUUUUUACCAGCAAUAUUUCAUGGAGAGAAGUGACGUCCAUCUUUCCCACAGCAGCUGCACACUUCAGUCCCCGCUGAAUAAAAUAUGAACUGAAGAGCUCUUGCUCUGCUCCACGUCACAUAUCUCUGCAGCACCCGCUCUUCGCUCUCGUUGCUGUUCGGCGCAAGAGUCAACCGCACUGCCUCGCCACACCUGGACAGAGAAAUGCGUCUGCACGUAUGUUAUCAGAUGCAUGACUGUGUUUGAGUGGUUUUCAGCCGCACUUCCAUUCUCAUCUUCAAAGAGGCGCUUUUCCACUUGACCGACUCCAACAUUUGUCUUCACAACUGCAAAGCAUCAUGGGUAGGAAAAAGAUUCAGAUCCAAAGGAUCACUGAUGAAAGAAACAAGCAGGUGACGUUCACAAAGAGAAAGUUUGGCUUGAUGAAGAAAGCCUACGAGCUGAGUGUGUUGUGCGACUGUGAGAUCGCCCUGAUCAUCUUCAACCACGCGAACAAGCUGUUCCAGUACGCCAGCACUGAUAUGGACAAGGUCCUGCUCAAAUACACCGAGUACAACGAGCCGCACGAGAGCCGGACCAACGCAGACAUCAUUGAGACUUUAAGAAAGAAAGGUUUCAACGGAUGCGACAGUCCAGAGCCGGACGGCGAAGACUCGAUCGAUCAAAUUCCUCUUAAUGAUGACAAGUUUCGUAAGACCACAGAGGACCUGGAUGUUCUCUUCAAACGCUACGGACAGGCGGCUGCUCCACAUCAGACAUUCUCCAUGCCGGUCACGGUCCAGGCGACCAAUCAGGGCACGCUGCAAUUUACUAAUCCUGGCAAUGCACUGGUAACUACCUCCUAUGUCACAUCGUCACCGCUCACAGAUACCCACCUCCUAUCGCCACAGCAACCGGCUCUUCAGAGAAAUACAGUGUCUCCUGGGUUGCCACAGCGACCAGCCAGUGCAGGCGCUCUUCUUGGAGGGGACCUGGAUAAUUCAAACGGAGGAUGUCCGAGUCCAGUCCCUAAUGGAUACACCAGUGCCAGGGCCUCCCCAGGUCUGCUCACAGUCUCCAACAGCAACAGUCUGGGGAAAGUAGUUCCGGCCAAGUCUCCACCCCCACCUCCCAGCCCGCAGAUCAACAGCCGUAAGCCAGAUCUCCGAGUCAUCACCUCACAGGGAGGAAAGAGCCUCAUGCAGAUGACAGAGGAGGAGCUGGAAUUGGUAAACGAGAACGCCCAGCGGCUGGCAGCUGGAGCUCAGGUGGCACAGACGCUCACCACGCCGGUGGUUUCUGUAGCCACACCAAGUCUCCUGGCACAGGGGCUGCCGUUCUCCGCCAUACCCACAGCGUACAACACAGAUUACCAGCUGACCAGCGCUGACAUCACCGCUCUGCAUGCUCUGGCGUCACCUGGCGGUUUGUUGCCCACCAGUGUGUCCACAUGGCAUCAACAGUCCGUUUCCCAGCAACCGCAGCCACAGCAGCAGCAGCAAACGCAACAGCAGCAACAUCUCAAUCUUGCAUCACUCAGCAACUUGGUCAUGUGGGGCGUGGACAAACAGAGCAGCGAGCUGUCUAGCCAAGUGUCCAGUCUGGCAGCCAAUCUGAGUGUUGGCUCUCCGUCCAACCUGCUCUUGGGUAGAGAUGAGUGGUUGGGCCGGCCGGUGACCAACAUACCUCAAGGCGCCAUGCUGACCGUCAACACGAACUCCAGCGUGAGCAUCAAGUCGGAGCCCGUCUCACCCGGCCGGGACCGCAGCACCCCCUGUCCUGCUCCUCUCCCUCCUUCUUCCACGCCGUCCUCCACAGCAGGUGGUUCCAUCCUGACCGCUCAGCCGCAGUAUCCCAGCUCCCUGUUGUGCUUGGAGCCGCUGACCGGCCGCUCUCCUGCGGACAGCGUGAGCAGCAACGCCAGCUCCUUCGAAGGCAGCGAUCGGGAUGACGGCGGCGUUGCAGGCGGCGGCGGCACAGCCGGCAGCACCAGGGCCGAGCUCCUCAGGGUGUCGAACGAACCAGAUCAGGACGGGGGAAACAUAAAACGCAUGAGGUUGGACGCCUGGGCCACAUAAACUGCAGUCGCAGUAAAGUUUAAACACUUUAACACCCCCUCAUUGUUAGCCCCCACUGUCCCCACCCCACUGCCAUGUGACACUAUCAUCAAAUCUGUCCCGCUUUACUCUCCAUGUCACCCAGACUUACAGGGCUCUCCCAACAA